UCAACCCUGUGCUGCUCCAUCACUUCAGCACCGACACAGGCGACGAUGCAUCGAGGCCAGAUCCACCUGCGCUACCUUUUAAUAUGGCUGCCUUUUGCUUAUUGCACUACUACGGAUUUGCCCAUGUGCAAAGAGUCAGAUUAUCACUUUGAGUACACAGAGUGUGAUGUGCUCCAGGCUCGAUGGAGAGUGGCGGUUCCCAACAAAGCCGACAUUUGCACAGGCCUCCCCGAUCCAGUUAAAGGCACUCAGUGCACCUUCUCCUGUAGUGAGGGGGAGUUCCUUGACAUGCAGUCACAGCAGUGUAAGAAGUGCGCUCCAGGCACCUUUUCUCUGGGCACCGGCGUGGCCUUUGAUGAGUGGGACAGCCUGCCGUCUGGAUUUGUAACCCACGGGGUGACCACAAACAGCGGGGAUGACAAAACAGACUGUUCCAACUCGACCUGGAUAACGAAGGGUGAUUAUGUCGCCUCGAACACAGAUGAGUGCACUGCAACACUGUCCUAUGCUGUGAGCCUGAAGAAACCUGGAACUGUGACCUUUGAAUAUUUCUACCCUGACAACAGCAUUUACUUUGAGUUCUUUAUCCAGAAUGACCAGUGUCAGUCUACGGACUCUGAGAGUCGCUGGAUGAAGAUCUCUGACAGCGACUUUAGCAAAUACACGGUUGAGCUUAACAGCGGCAACAACGUGCUGUAUUGGAGAAGCACUGCGUAUGCUCUGCAGGGCAGUGCUGUCAAACCUGUGCAGUUAAGAAACAUCGCCAUCUCAGGGGUGGCCUACACAUCAGAGUGUUUCCAUUGUAAACCCGGCACCCACAGUGCCAAAGCAGGAUCUGCCCGCUGCGCCACCUGCCCUGCUGGAAGCUUCUCCAACAAGGGUGCCACCGUUUGCCACCAGUGUGAACAAGACAAAUAUGCAGAGCCUGGUUCAGGGAGCUGCAAACCAAGACCUGCGUGUACAAACAGUGACUACUUCUACACCCACACUCCCUGUGACUCUGAAGGAAAGACUCAGCUCAUGUACAAGUGGAUCGAGCCAAAGAUCUGCAAUGAAACUUUUGAUGGAGCGGUUGAUCUGCCCGCAUCAGGGGAGAAGCAAACCUGUCCUCCAUGUAACCCGGGUUUCUUUGUCACCAACUCCUCUACCUGUGAACCCUGCAACAAGGGUUUCUACUCAAACGGCGCAGCAUGCACUGAAUGCCCUGUUGGCACGGAGCCAGUGGAGGGUCUCGAGUACAAAUGGUGGAACACGAUGCCGAGCCACAUGAAAAGCUCCAUCUUCAAUCGAGAGUUCAGCGGCUCUGAACAAAGCACGGCAUGGGAGGUGGCUGGUGAGUACGUCUACACCACCCCCGGGGAUCAGGACUCAGACUACCUGACGCUCAUGCUCAAUGUCCCUGGAUACAGGCUGCCUCCAUCCAUGACCAAAGACAGUGAAAGGAGUGAACUUUCUCGCAUCACAUUCGUCUUUGAGACCAGGUGUACAGCGGACUGCAAAUUCUACUUCCUGGCGGGAUACUCCAGGUGGAAUAAUGAAGUAGUGGAGCAGUGGAAAGGCAGUAACGGCAAACAGUCAUACUCCUACCUGAUCCAGAGCAACAGCACCACCAGUUUCACCUGGACAUUUCAACGAACAGAGGAACUCAACGAGGAGAGGAAAUACAGCUCUGAUUCUGCGAAGAUCUUCUCCAUCCACAUCACCAAUGUGAUCGGGGGUGUGGCCUCUCAGUGCCGCCGCUGUGCGCUGAGCACCGCUGAUGCCGGCUCCGCCUGUGUCCCCUGCCCACCCGGACACUACAUGGUCAGUGGGACAGGAGUGUGUAAGAGCUGCCCGCCGAACACCUUCAUCAGGGCCGAUCACCCUGUUGGAGAGGCCGCUUGCAUUCAGUGUGGCCCAAACACACAGAGAAACAAGGCCCACACAGCUUGUCUCAGUGACUGCACACUGGACGUGAAGACAGGAGGGGGCGUUCUGCUGCACUAUGACUUCUCUCCGCUGUCCAAUGUCACUGCCUUCCACAGCAGCCCCCGCUUCACCAGCAAAGGCCUCCGAUAUUUCCACAGCUUCAAUUUGGCUCUGUGUGGAAAAGAGGGCAGAGUGCCGGCUAUCUGUGUGGACAAUGUGACAGAGAGCGGGAGAGAGGUCAAAGGUUACAUCUGUCAAUCCACUGUGGUUCCCUCGGAAAUCAGGAGUCAGAGCGUGGUGUCCACCCAGCCUUUCAUCAUUGGUGACUCACUCAUCGGUGUGACCACCAAGACCACAGUGAGCCGAAUUUCAUCUUCAAAAUGGCUGUUUCCCUCUGCGUCCAGUCUACCUGACGUCAUCUUCUAUUACAAGUCCAGUGAGACGACUCAGGCUUGUAAAGAAGGCAGGUCAGCCACCAUCAGACUGAGAUGCAAUCCCACAGUGACGGCUGAAGACCACAUCAUGCUGCCGAGUAACUGUUCAGAGGGGACAUGUGAUGGUUGUUCUUUCAACCUCCUGUGGGAGAGCCAGCAUGCAUGUCCACUCUGCACCAAGGAACACUACAGAGCGAUCGUCAGUGCUUGCACCCAGGGAAUACAGAGAACCACCUAUGUGUGGCAGCAACCGUUGCAGUGUUACGGCGGAGAGUCACUGCCAGCUCAAAAAGUCAGUGCUUGUGUGUCUCUGGACUUCUGGCUCAAGUUUGGUGUUUCCACGGGAACGAUCGCCGCUAUGCUGCUCAUCUCUAUCAGCUGCUAUUUCUGGAAGAAGACACGCAAGUUGCAGUUUAAGUAUUCAAAGCUGAUGAUGAGCUCCGGGGGUAAGGAGUGUGAGCUGCCCACUGCAGAGAGCUGUGCAAUAAUGGAGGGAGAUGAUGCAGAAGACGACCUCAUGGACCUCACCAACAAAUCCUUCUUCACUAAAAUUAGGUCCUUCUCACGAGAGAGGACUUCAGAUGGAUUUGACUCUGUGCCACUUAAAUCAUCUUCACGCUAUCUAAGAGACGAUGAAGACUCUGAUGAGGCUUAAUACAGAGGAAGAACAGAUACUUCAGGUUGUUAAGGAAGUGUUAAACGUAAGACUUAAGCACCGGAGUACCACAAGGUUCAAUACUUGGUCCACUUCUUUUUUCCCUAUAUAUUAAUGACCUGCCAUCUGUCUGUCCUGAUGUGGAAACACAGCUAUAUGCCGAUGACACUGUGAUAUAUGUGCAUGCCAACACAAAGCAAAAGGCUGCUGAUAAACUGACCUCAGCUUUAGUGCUGAUCACUAGCUGGCUACACCGCUCCUGUCUUCAGCUUAAUGUCAACAAAACAGUUGGAAUGUUUUUCACAAAAAGAAAAUGCAACAUUGUGUCAAAUAUAAGCAUCUCAGGUGAAAAUAUUAACAUUGUGCCUCAGGUUAAGUACCUUGGAAUCAUUAUUGACUCUAAUUUAACAUUCAGAACACAAGUCAAAAAAGUGACCCAAAGAGUCAAGUUUAGCCUAGCAAAUUUUAAUACAUAAGAAACACAAUGACAUUGAAUUCUGCCAAAUUAUACAUGAAUGCCAUGAUCAUGUCACAUCUUACAUACUGUCUCACAAGCUGGGGUCAAACUAACAGCUCCACACUGAAGCCACUAGCAACCCUGUACAAGCAAACCCUCAAAGUACUGGACCAGAAACCUAACCGCUCCAAUCACUGUACCAUCCUCAACAAGCAUAACGUCCUGAGUUGGGAAGAUUUAAUAAAGUAUAGGAACAUCGUUCUGGUUUACAAAAUCCUGCACAAUACAGCCCCUCCACCUCUUAGCUCAUUGGUUACUCAACGUAACAACACCAGACUGACCACGAGAAGCUCCACACGUGGCGACCUAUCAGUCCCAUUCAGGAAGAGUACUUUUGGUCAGUCAUCAUUCUCGGUCACAGCAAUACAAAACUGGAACUCUCUACCCACUCAAAUCAAAGACAUACAGAUACAUACCACCUUCACAGCUCACUUAAAAACAUGGUUCACUGAGAACUACACCUGCACACACUAGUCUGUGUUAAGUAUGGCGUGAGUGUUACAUGUUGUGUUACAUGUUGUGAUCAUGGAUGUUGCCCCUCGUUUCUGUGAUGUGAUGUGCUAUAUGUGACAUGUACUGUAUAUAGUAACGUAUGUUGUUUAUUGUUCUCUUUUAUCCUCUUUCCUCCUUUUUAUUUUAUAUAUUUUCUUAUAACUAAUGCUGUUGAUAUAUUGUAAUUUUAAGGGUGUCUAUUACCAUCUGGCCGGCGACAACAGCUGGAAAUUAGCCAUGUCGGCUAAAGCUGCACCAUUUACUGUUUUUGUGACAGUUCAUCGAUGGGGACUGUCCACGACACUAUAAAUAAAUAAACUAAACUAAACUAAGAUAAAAUCUUCAACGGACGAAGUCACAGAAAAUAAUGAUGUGCUUUUGAAACCAUUUUAUUUAUUACAAACAACAUAGCCUUACUGAAGGAGUUUUAAAGAGCAACACUUUUAUUUAGUAUUAUUUGCCAUAUGUUCGGUUGCCAAAUCUCAUAUUGCAGUACAAAGUCUCCAUAUUGGGGAUAUUCAGUUUCAAAGCCCAAUGUUCUAUUUUAAAAUGACAUAAGAACCAAACUGUGGAUGAUGUGUAAGAGUGUACAUUUUACAUAACUGUGAGUGUGAAUUUAUUUUGUUUCUAUUUUAUAAUUUCUUUUAUAAGACGAGCCAAGUUGAGUCUUUAAAUGUUUUUAUGGCAAUAUGCAAAUUAAAUUCGUUUUUGAUAUCAUUUUCUGCUAAAUCUAAGGUUAUGUUUUAAUCUUGCUUUAAUGUGAAGUGAAGCUAUUUCUACAAUAAAAACUGCUGUUAUUACUUUGUAUUUUCAAAUGUCUUUCAAGUGCCUGUGAAGGAAGAAAAAAAUCUCCCUAUAUAUAACAAGUAUUUUCUGUGGUUAUUGGUUUAGAAAUACAAGAAGUGAAUUGUAACACAUGCACAUGUAAUACAUGUCACAUAUCUAAUCAAAUAUUGUGAAUCUACUUGUCAUAACAUUGAAAUAAAAAAGGGCAAACAGAAA